GCGCAGUGUCACGUCGAACCUCUCGCAGAGCGCGUCGCACGUCCGAGUACCGGCCGCCGCCCGUCAUCAGUAGUCGCCGUACCGCGCAGCCACGUAACCUCUCACCUUCUCCUUAGUUUUUAGUAGUCAGUAGUAGGGGAGAGUGUGGAGAGAAAGAGGAGAGAGAGAGAGAGAGAGAGAGAGCGCGCGAGAGAAAGGAAGAGAAAGUGAAAGAAGAAAAAAACGGGAAGAAGAACGCGAAAUAGCGAGAAGCCGACUGUGAGAAAAACCGAGAAACGAGAGGUCGACAGCCCGUUUUUUCGUCGUCGUGAUCUGUACUCCUCGUUGCCGUCGUUAUCGUCGUCGCUUUCGACGCAGUCUUCGCCGUCGUCGUCAUCGUCAUCUUCCUUGUCUACGUCCACGUCGUCGUCGUUGUCGCUGUCUCCGCUACCGCUGCCGUCGUCGUCAUCCUCGUUGUCGUGGUCGUCGCCGUCGUCGUGAUCCGGCUCGACGCGACCAACGCGGAUAUACAACACUCUGUCGACUCAUUGUUCACAAUCGAAAGAAAGAAGGGACGAAACAAUAAAAUAGAAAAAGAAAUACAACAGCAAAACAAAGUGCGAUCUGUGAAACGUACCGCGCGUACGUUUCGUUCCACGUUCCACCGUCCUACCGUCGAUAAUUUAUCGCGAUAAAGCAACGUAAAACCGUCGCGCAGCCUCCGAAAACGACGGAGCACCGCGCACUCGGUCUACCAGGAAAACAGAGAGAGACAGGUGAACAACAUAGAGGCGAAGGAGCGAACGCGAAGAUUAAAGAGACACGAAUAGGCGUAACAAUCGAGGGACGGGAAUCAACGAGAGAGUAAUAGAAGUCGCGUGAAAGUGCGUGUCGUGCCGUGACAUCGGAAGCGUUGACACGCGAAGGAUCGAGUCGAGUCGGUGUUUUGCCAUCGACAAGGCAAACACACACGGCGCAUCGUUCAGCUGACGACGUGGUGUGUCAAAGUCGGAAGAACGAAAAGCGAGCGAGAGGCGGCUAUCGGCGAGACCGGCUGCCAUUGCCACUGGUACUAGUGUUACCAUAGCCACUGCAACCCCGGACACGCGAGAGCGUUGUCAUAACGACAAGCCGUGCGCCGCGCGUCGCUAUGGAGCCCCAGAACCAGGAAAUCGUUGCGAGCGGCUCACCAGCCGAGGUGCCGAACGAUCCAGGGAAAAUGUUCAUCGGUGGUCUAUCUUGGCAGACCAGUCCAGAAAGCCUUAGAGAGUACUUCACCAAGUACGGGGACAUCACAGAAGUCAUGGUCAUGAAAGAUCCAACCACGCGACGAUCAAGAGGCUUUGGAUUCAUCACGUUCGCAGAUCCCGCGAGUGUAGACAAAGUGCUGGCACAGGGUAAUCACGAGUUAGACGGCAAGAAAAUCGAUCCGAAGGUAGCGUUUCCCAGGAGAACACAUCCAAAGAUGGUGACAAGGACAAAGAAGAUAUUCGUCGGUGGACUAUCGGCACCGACGACGCUGGAGGACGUGAAAAACUACUUCGAACAGUUCGGCCCGAUCGAGGAUGCCAUGCUGAUGUUCGACAAGCAGACCAACAGGCACAGAGGCUUUGGGUUCGUCACGUUUCAAAGCGAGGACGUGGUCGACAAAGUCUGUGAGAUCCAUUUCCACGAAAUCAACAACAAAAUGGUCGAAUGCAAGAAAGCACAGCCGAAGGAAGUGAUGCUCCCAGCGAACCUGGCGAAGACGCGAGCGGCCAACAGAGGCGCAUACGAUUUUAUGUGGUCCCUGGGAGCAUUACCUGAUGGUUUCCCAGCGGCGGCGUACGCGGCAUACGCGGCAAGCCGCGGCUAUUCUGGGUACCCUAGUUUCGGACUGCCCUACCCGACAGGAGUGCCGGCAGUGUUCUACCACGGAACCGGAAGCGAGAACGCAAGCCGCGCAUAUACGGAGACACCGAUGCAACACGUCCAACGGACUGCACUCCGGAAGAAAUUGGAUCUUACCAACGGGCAGCUCACUCCCAACAACAACACGCCCUUGCUCACGCAAGCUCUUUCUGUGAUGAACAACUACCAAGCGGCCGCAGCGCAGGCCGGAUUUCCGCCGGCGUCGCCGCACGCGGCCGGUGGCCACGGUGGGCCACAGGGCCGAUCAUUUCCUGCGGCUAAUUCACCGGGCCCCAUCGACAUGUAUAGUUCAAGCGCCGCAGCCGCAGCAGCCGCCGCAGCCGCGGACUCUGCAGUCGCCAGCUACGUCCAGGCCGCAGCUAGUCCGCAGCCCCCCACGACCGCGUUCCCUGCGAUCGCCGUGUCCCGUGCCCCGCUCAACUACAGUCCCGGUCCUCUAAUACCAGCGGCGUUCACUAAUGGCUACCAUUGAGCCUUGUUAAGACCUAAUAACAGGAUGGACGAGAGGGCAGAACGCAGCACGGUCGACUGACGGUACAGUGAACGAUGUAAAUGCCUUGGAAAAAUUCACCACGAUGAACGAACUUUGGACUGAACUGGAUGCGUACUAUCACGACUAAUACAUCGGGAAAUCGCGAUUUAGAUAGGAAGAUAAUAAUUUCUACUGAGAAGGAGGCCUCGACUUUGCAAUGGCGAUUGAUCGACCGCAACAACGGCGACGAUCGAGCGCAAUUAACCGCAACUUUCCAACGAACGAAAAAGAAAGAAUACCAAAGUUGAAGGCGUGAGGAAGACACAAGGAAGCUAACAGAAAUAUGAAAAAAAUCUAAAAAAUAAGAAGAAGAAAUCGAAGGAGGAAGAUGCGAAACAAAAAUGCGGGAGAAAUGUAUAAAUUUGUAAAUCGCGGUACACGUCCAGAAAGUUUGCGAGAAGAGCUACGUGGUAAAGAAAGAUAAGACAAGCAGAAAGUAAGGGAAACACGAAGGGCAGUAGCUGCGUAAAGAUAGAUGUGGCCGAAACUGCGUAUUAAUGCCCGUUCUCCGACAUUAAUAAAGAAUAAUAUAAUAAUAAUAAUAAUGAAUUAAAUUAAUAUUAUUAAUUGCUAAAUAAUUAAGCGACUAAGUCUAGAAUAUAUAUAAAUAUUAUAUAUAUAAAUAUAUAAAUAUAUAUAUAAAUAUAUAUAUAUAUAUAAAUAAUUGAUAAAUAUUAGAUGAUAAAACGUAUGGAUCCUUAGUAUUUAAGGCAAACGAAAAAAUGGCGGAAGAAUACCAACUUACAUACGAAUAUUAUAAUUACUGGUUAUUAUUGUAAAACGUUAUGGCGACUUUUUUUUCUAAUUGAUUAACAAGAGCAGGAAGAGGAUGAAAAAUCAUGCAUCGUGUUAGCUCGCGCGUGUACGCGUGCGCAAUAUACAUAUAUACAUAUAUAUACACAUACACACAUAAAUAUAUAUAUGCGUGUGUGUGCGUGUAUAUAUAUAAAUACAAAUACAAAAUACAAAUAUAAAUAUAGAUAUAAAUAUGAAUAUAAAUACAAAUAUAUAAAUAUAAAUAUAAAUAAUAAAAAUAUAAUUAUUAUGCGCAUAACACACGUUCGCACCCGGGAAGAGAGCGUCUCUGUGUUGGGCUUUCGAGUUUUUUUUAGUCGUGUAGAAGCGGAGUUAAUAAUAAAAAAAAUAAAAGAGCAAAAAUACAAAAGGCGUGUAAGGAAUUUUUCGAGGAGCGCGAGUCGACAACACGAAGGAGCACCCGACACGGAAGUGUGAAUGGUUAGUCGGGACGGGAGAGGGGGAUUUAGGAUACGAGACAACGAGGACGCUAGGCAGGCCAAGAGUGCGCUUCGCCCUUUUUCUUUGUUUCUUGCGCGCGCGUGUCCGCCACUUCUCAGCGUGCUCUUUGCCGACUGAAUGCCGGAAUGACACUUCUCGCUCGCCCCGGCGCGGUAUCGUCGAAGCACUUUUCCCUUUUCCCGGGUGUGCAACGAGGGAGAAAAGAGGACGAAUAAAGCACGGAAAGAGCAAGAGGAGGGUGAGGUUGCGUACAUAGACCUAGACACGCGUGUUACACGGAUGACGUGUCGCUGUUUGCAUUGCUUAUCGUGCGAUGGAUAAAAGGAAAGAAGAAAGAAAGGAGGAGAAAACGCGGGGGCUGCGAAGCGAGAUGGACGGAUUGAAAUUCGCGAGGCUCUAUGUAAGUUAGACGAACAAAGAGAGAAAAAAGAAGAAAUAAUGAGGGAAAGAGGAAGAAUGGGAGAAUACGACCUGCUUUUAAGAUGAUGCGUGUUGAUAAGAAAAGAAGAUGUAGUCAUCCAGCGCAAAGAACGGUUUUCGAUAGAGGAAGAGAAUGAGAGAACAUUACAUAUACAGGGUCGCGAAAUCGAGUAAGAGAACGCUAGGUCCCAAGCGUUGUAUCGCGUCGAAAGUCUGGUCUCAUCCAAUGCCGAAACGAUGAUCGUUGAAUUUAAUCGGCCAUUGUAUAGCUGUCCAAUCGAUUACUUGCAUUAACCUCGGUACAUACAUGCAUAUUACACGUACACGAAUUAUUGUAUCGUUGAUUUACUAUAACGCAUGAUCCUAUAAAGGAGCCUGCAAGGGAAACACAAGCAAUGUUCACCGACACGCAUUUCACACAAGCUCACAGGAAACGUAUAUAAAAUAUCUUCUACAUACACUUCUACGUACACGCUCAAACUAUACAUAUGUUUCACACAAAGCAUAAACACUCCGAACACAAAUAUAAUAUAUGCUGUGACACGCGCCGGCGGCUUUUUAAAGGAAUUAUCCUAACACACAUGCCUAUAUACACAUACAAAAAGAAAUAUAUAUAUAUAUAUAUACACACAUACAUACCCACGCUACACCAGGAAGAAGUAUAUGCAAACCAUCAAGUUACACGAAAUAAGAUGCAUUAAAAGAAAAACAAAAUAUAUAUCUACACAUAUGCGUGUAUUCAGUUAUUAUACCGUGCGUUCGUAUAUGUACUAUGCGUUAGUUGAAGGCGAGAUUACGAAUCGCCAAUUUGAUGCGCCAUUGCGUAAGUAAAAGCGGAAGUGAAAGUAAUGCGUGAAAUAAGAAUGAUAUUUGGACACGAAGCGAGAUUGUGCGUCUCUAUAUAACCCGGUUGCGUGUGAGAAAGAAUGGGAGAGAACGUGACGAUACGUGCGUGCGAGAGCGAGAGAAAAAAGCCAUUAAAUCUUUAAGAUUUACGAACACGGUCACCUGAAAAUGUCAUUUUGCGAAUUAAAAGAUGUUAAAGAAAGGAAGGAAAUUGGAAAGUUUAUGCGGACUGGCGUAAACGCGAGAAAUCGUUAAAUUGCGAAACGUAGCCUUACUCGCGGAAUGACUGAACACCAAAAGGUUCUUGCGUUCUUUCGCGCUUCGAAGUAUUUCCCUAAUUAGACGGACAAAUGGCCUGAAUGGGGAUACUCCAUUCAAUUAUUCGCAAUUGGUCUAGGUUAAAUGCGUGUAAUAUCGUUCGGGAAACAGGAAGGUGUCAUUACAUUCGUUUUGCUUUUUAGCGCACGUAUGUUUUAGAAAAUAACCCAGCCCUCGAGGAAAGUUCGGUUUAUGGGCUCGAAGGGCAUCGCGACGCUCAAACCUCCCUGCUUCUGAAGCGGACAAAUAAAAAAGAAAAAAUAAAACAAAGAAACCGUCGACGUGCAAAAACUCAUUCCGCGGACUGUAUAAUUCGGAUUUUGUUGAUACCGCUGAUCAAAAACUGUUUUCAUACCAUACUAUUAAUUACUAUUAUUAAAUUUGUCAAUAUUGAAUUAUCGAAUUGUGUGAGAGUCAACGAGCGAUAAAUAAAUUAUAAUUAUUACAAAAACAAUGGAUAUACGUGCGACAAUUCUAGGUACGGUUAUUAUUGUAUUCAAUAACAGGGUAAAACAAAGAACAAAAAAGAGAAACUUUGAGGAAGAAGGAUGACUUUAAAUUGAGACGCGUGUCACGUCGAACGGCGGCCAUUUUGUUUUCCUGUGUGCGGGUAUGCAAGCGCACAAUAAAAAAAAAAAAAAAUGCUUAAAAAAGGAAAGAAGGGAUGAAGAAGAACGAAUGAACAAACGAGUCAAUUCUUACGAACGUUAGCAAUACUUCGUCAUGACCACAAAGGAUAAAAAUGGCAAAUAAUGAACGAGAAAAAAAAAGAGAAACUAAUAAUAAUAAUAAUAAUAUACACGACUAAUCUAUAUCGCGGAUAAACUUACGUGAAUUCUUAAGUUCGUGACGCGUACACGCGUGACGGGUGAUCCUCGCUCGUUCUCAACAAAAGAAAGUGGAAUAUGAGAAAGCGGAACGUGAAUGAGUCACCACUCCUGGACAAGAAAAACGUACUGUAAAACAAACUGCGGUCGCGUGUAUUUUCGACGCUACAAAGCCGACUUCUUGCAAGCGAAACAAAAUGGUAGCUGCUUCGUUACGCCCCAGGACUAACGAUAAACGCGUGCAAAAGAGGUAAAGGUAUAUGCAUCAGGUCAAAACUGUUAUUAUCCAGGCAACUAAUAAUUCGAAAUAUGAGAAAAAUCAAACAGCAAAAGGAAACAAAAAAGAGAUUGGUAUUUUAUCGGUAGAACGUACACCAUGUAUAGGACGAUGCUGUUUUCAAACGGGUGCAAGAGACGAGUACGCAGAAACGAGCGUUUCUUCGACGAUGUUCUAUUCCUGAUUUUUUCGUUUUGAUUCUGACAAGGUUUCUUUUCCAAGGUUGUGCAAAGUUACGGAAGUUUUGUGAAUGAAACGCGACAUAAUCAAGCGAAAAAAACAGAGAGAAACGCUCCAUGCUCAUAGCUUCACAGGCAUCUUCUGUUGCCUUUAUUCUUUUGUUACGUUCAUUAGAUCCGGUGGGAGAAAAAUGAGUUAAGUGAGCGUUAAAUAGACGCGUCGAGCGCUUCAUGUAUCGCGGAGCUGCGCUAAUUGUUCAAAUAGACGGAGAGUUGGACGCUACGCGGAGAAGAAGAGUGGAGAAAGAGAAAAGGAGAGAAAUACACGAGAACAUAAGCACCAGCUCAAAGAACGUAAAAUAUAACAAGAUUCGUCGUAUGUAGGUUUAAGGCACGCUGACGCGCGAGAUCGCAGAGGAUGGGCAAAAUAAGGAAAUGUAGAAAGCAUAUACACAUACAAAUGAAGAAAUAGAAGAAGAGAAGACAGUCAUAAUUAAGUGUACAAGUUGUAACUUUUCGCAGUUAAGGUGAAUGGUGUGCCGAAAGAAUCUUGGGUUCCUGAUCACUUAUUACGUUUAACGUUUUAAACUGUAUAAUUAAUGUUCAUCGUUCAUUUUGGAUUUGAAUGGAAGCAAUUUUGUUGAAGCGUGAUUAACGAAGUAAUGUGAUAGUUAUUAUUAUUUUUGAGUAAUGUGUAGGUAUCUUAGAAUUAAUUUUAAACUUAUUUAUUUAGAUUGUUUCAUCGUUCUUUUACGAACGAAUCGCGAAUGUUGCGGCAGGAACCUAGGCGACUUUCAACGAGAAUCCUCUGGAAAAGAGAAUUAUAUAUAAAUAUAUAAAUAUAUAUAUAUAUACAUAUUCGAAAGAGAUCUACGAUCAAUUAUUAAUUAGACAAAACAAACUAAAAUGCGAUCAAUAUACAAGCGAGUUAAUACAAAAAGAAUGAAGAGAAAAGAAAGGAGAAGAUAAAGAUGUCGCGAGACAUAUAAUAGGGAAGACAAGUCAUAAGAGGGGAUAAAAAUGAAACAAGAGGAAACAAAAUAUAUAUGUGAGUACAGUCCACGCGUUUAUAUUUAUAAAUAUGAAAUACAUUAAUAUUGAAAUAUUACGUCUAUAUCUACAUCUAGUAUAUAUAUAAAUAUAUAUAAAUAUAUAUAAAUAUAAAUAUAUAAAUAUAAAUAUAAAAACGAUUAAGAAAGACAGGAAAUAUAUUAUGACUAUAUAUAUAUAAAUAUAUAUAAUAACUGAUUAAGGUGGCAAGCAGACAAAAUAAAAAAAUAUGAGGAUUAUGGGAGAUGAACAGAUAUAUUGAAACAUUGUUUUAUGCAUUUGUACAUAUAUAUAGUUAUUGAUGUUUUAAAAGCUAAUAUACUAUUGUACUGAACAAUUUUUCGAUGAUCAUCAUUGAUGAUCGUGAAAGGAGAGUCGAGCGGGGGUACAACCGGGGUAGAUGAGGGUAGAACGAGGAUUGGGAAGACUAGACGCGGAGAAGGAUGAGGCGAUAGAAGGAAAGAGAAUAAAGAAAAAAACGGCGAAGAAAUGCGAGGGAGGCGAGCUCGUUGUUCGAUGCAGUCCAGUCUUCUCUCGCUUUGCAAUACUCUUCCGAUUUUUUACACGAGGAAGCUUAUUUUUCCUGGCGAAUUUUUGUCGAGGGUUGAGCAUGGGAAGAAAAGUGUACGGAAAUGAUAAUGAUAUAGAAAAUUCAGAAGACUUCGCUUGUUCAUCGACCGAGCUCGAUCACUCAUUACGCGAUUAACACGCUCACACCGACACUUCCACAUUGUACACGUAUGAUACACACCCAUACAAAUACUGACACGUAUAUAUAUAUAUAAAUAUAAAUAUAAAUAUAAAUAUAAGUAUAAAUAUAAAUAUAAAUAUAAAUAUACACGCGUAUAAAUAAUAAGUAAUAAUUACGAUAAUCGAAAAAUAUAUAUUAUAUACAUAUAUAUAUAAAUAAAAUACACACAGCGUGAGCUAAGAACAGGAGAAAGGAAAUGGAGGUCACAAUUGUAAAGAGAGUGCGAAGAAGAUGUUAAUCAAGUGAGUAAUCGAUUAUUGCCAUUCCGUGAUUGAGCCGUGAAAUUGAAAUUAGAAGUACACGACUGACAAAUCUUCAUGCGAUAGGUAUGCGCGAUGUGUACAAUGAUAUGAAAAUGAGUGCAAUGAAAUAUAAUAAAACACUUUAUAAUACUUAAGUCUUAGCGGUACUUAAGUGCAAGUAGCGAUUAUAAGUAAUGUUUCCAUUGUACAUUUUAUCGUUACAGAAUUAUCGUUAUUGUAAAAAUUAAUUUUUACAGGAAGCAUGAAAAGACGAACAAAACUAUUCUGUUUCAUUUGUUUCACACGUUGAAAGGAUUUUUUGUUAUACUUUCGUCUUUCUUUGAUUAAAUCGUUUUCAACUUCGACCACCUCGCGGUAGGCGAAGUUAAAUGUAAUUGCGAAGUCGUUCGACUGUACGAUAUUUCGUAGAUAAUACAGCAAUAUCGAGUAAUAAUUUAAUGAAGAUGCCACUGCGAGCAAAUUCAACAUAAUCAAGCAUAUUUAACCCGUUUGCAAUUAAUGGAAGUAUAAUGUAUGAAGGUGAUUAUACAACCAUAGGAAAGAUAGUAUGCAGACUUGAACAAGCAUCAGUUCACUAAUGUUCACGUAGAGUUCAAUCUGUUUGCGCUUGACCCAAUAGUGAUAGUUGCUCGCGCAUAAACGAUCGUUCAUCAUUCUGAAAUAAUGUUUCACGUUCAGUCUGUAUUAGUGAUAACGAUAUAACAGUUCCAUAUUUGGAACAGACGAAUAGAGUGGCCCAAAUGAUUCAAAUGUUAGAUUUUACGAACACUCUUUUUAAUUAUAUCACUUUCUAAUCCGUACAAUUGUUCUAUAUACAAAUACAAACACAUAUACACAGACACAUGCAUAGAUACUUUCAAUCACGAGUUUUCUUACGAUACAACGAGAACAAUACUCUUCGAAACAAUUAUACACGAUACAAUUAUCAACAUAAUGGAAACACGCAUUAUAUACGUUAACUAAUCUCGUCCAAACAAUAAAUUACACAUAUUAAUCAAUACACUAAUAUACUUACACCUGACAAAACAAAGGCAAACGAUUAAGAUAAUGGAAAAGAAAAGUUUCACUUCGCCUCACGGAUUCGUCGAUAUCGAUCCUUCGAUCACUUUCUACGCACCCUCUAUUUCUUGACUGCUGAUGUUUCCUAGAACGGCUAGUUUAGCGUACAUUUCACUGUGCGACACGAAUCUGCGAAUUUCUGUUUUUGAUUUUCUCAAGUGAAAGCUGACAGGCGACAGAUGACAUACGAAGCGUUUUACCUUGUACGGAAAUACGGAGGAAACGCGGACACGAUGCCACGAUAUUUCGAAGAAAACAACCCCCGUCGCUCUGCGUGCGAUGUGACUGUGGUUCGAGAGAAAGAGGGGGAGAGAGUGAGGGAGAGUUUGUGAGCCAAAAAAAAAAAAAAAAAAAUAACUGUGCGAAAGGGAGAAAGAAAAAGGGUGAAUGAAACGAACUCACAGAAGUCCGUAGAUAGAUAGACAAUUUUCGAAACAACGUUUUCGUGCGUACGAGAAAGAUCGUUGCUGCGACCUGACACGAAAAGUUGGAGCGUUUCUCUGCUGACUGACUGCCUCUGAACUUGCUCGUAGUACCUACAGUUUCGAUUUCGAUUUUUAAGCCUGUUCGAGUCGCGUUUGCUAACUGGCGGACAGAGAGAAACGCUCUAAACGGGUACACGAUUCGAUUAGUCGAGUUUCAAGUCAGUUGUAAUAUAAUCGAUUGAUAGGGAUCGUGAUGCCUAAAUCAGUGUUCUUUUUUAAGUGGAACGUCGCAGCCAAAGACGUAGGCUAAAGGAUCCUACUUAGGAAUUAUUUUUAUUCGCGUAUUACGGGAACAUGCGGGCCGAAAGAGCUCGUUCGUUUAUUAUUAUUAUUAUUAUUAAUAUUAUUUUCUUCCUUGUUUUUUUUCUGUUGACUUAUAUUGUAUUUUAAUAACGAUUAAUUACUACCGUUCGAUUACUAUUAACAGCGUUAUUAUCGGGUAGUAUUCUAACGCGUCCCACUAUCAUUUUCUAUUUAUCAGGAUGCAGUAAUCCGCUGUGUUAUGAGUACAGUUAUCAUUGUCUUUGAGCCGAUGAUUUCGUUUACUUCAAGUUUCUACCGAGGAGAAACGCGGCUCGAAGAAAUCGUCGUCCGUCUCGAAUACCAAUCAGAAUUAUUCUGUUCCAUGUGUCGUUUGUUCGAUAUGAACGAGUGCUCGCAUUUUUAAAAAAAGGAAAGAAAGCUUUCUUGCAAAAUCGAGAAGAAAUGUCAAUCUGAUUCGUGUUACAAUUCACUUUUAGCCAGACGUCCAGGGGAUUUUUUCGAGUCGCAGAUUAAUGAAAUGUGAACAUAACCCCAUACGAUAUAUAUAUAUAAUAUAUAAUACAAUAUAUAUAAUAUAUAAUAUAUAUUAUAUAUUAUAUAUAAUAUGUAACAUAUAUUAUUAUAUAUAAUAUAUAUUUAAUUACAUAUUAUAUAUAUACAUAACAUCAUAUAUAUUAUAUAUAUUAUAUAUAUGCGCACGGAAAGCAUACAAUAUUAUGAAUAAGUAUAUAUAAUCAUGUAAUUACACGUGCACACGUUCGGAUGAGCAGUUAUACGUAAUCUGUUAAUAUUCUUCCUGCGUGCAGAACAAGGAUAUAACAGCCACGAGCUUCGAUGAAGUUUUGCUAACCAUCGUACAGCAAGAAUACCAGUUCUUUUUUUCAUUCGAUAACCAUUAAUAUCAGUAUGUAUCAUUUUCUUUUUUUCAUAUAAAAUUAUUCAGCCGGUUUUAUGCUUUAAUCGUUGAGAUAAGAUUGAGCGAUCAAACAUAUAAUAUUUGAUCGAUAUUCAAUUUUCAUGUGUUCUAAAAAGCAUUAGUUAGGGUGUGAAAAUUUUGACGAUAUCGUAUUGCCGUUAUUAACGAAAGGAUAAUCUGAAGAAAUAUUUAAGGAACGUUCAAUUUCGAUGAAUACACUUUUCCAUGGGCUAACCGAAUCGAUUAUAGAGCGAGUAUUUUCAAUGUUGCUAAAUUUUGUAAUAUUACUUGAUCGCACUGACUCGCAUUAGUUUCUAACACAAUUGUACGCUGUUCUCCGUACUAUCGUGACGUUUUUCAUUUGUUUUAUUAUGUCAUUGUUCCAGUUUUACCGCAAACGAUUGGUACCUGUUUGUGCAACUCGUAAAAUAAAAUACGAUAAAGGCCAUUAUAUAAAUUUCCGUUCCUCUCGCUCCUCGGAUCGAUUCUCUUACCCAUCGCAACGGGUGUGUUCAAAUCAGUCAAGCAAAAGUUGUUAUACUUUAGAUGAUCGUUCUUAGAACGAUCAUACGAAUCGAUAGAUAACGCGACAAUUAUCUUCGAAAUUGUGAAUAUUCGAGAUCUCCGUAGCAGUUGUAGGCGGAAAAGUAAAUAUUUCGUUCAAGUUAGCUUCGAAGCAUAUAUAUUUAUUGCUUGUUUUUCAAUUUACAUAUCGUGUUGAUCUAUAUGAUCUAAAAAUUGUUUCGUACUUUAACGCUGUAUCAUGACUGCGAUCAUCAAUUUUCGAAGAGUUGCUAAAUUCUUCCCUCCUUUUUCGCUUCUUUUGGCUGCCAUCGAUCGAUUGUUUCACGAUAACUAUAUUUUCAUGCCAUAAAUUGUGUCAUUAUUUCUUUCAUUAAUUUUCUUCGCGGAUACAGAAGAACCACGUAAACGUUCUCGAACACACCGGCACACGAGCACAAUAAAUUCAUUCGUCUCUUCCGUAAGAUAAAAAAGAAGAAGAUAUUUAAAUAAACAAAAUAGAACAAGUCUGAGAAACAAUUUUUCAUCGAUUUUUUUCAAUCAAAAUAUUAAAUAAAGAACUGCAUCGUGAUCGUUGUGUGCAUGUGUGAGAAGUGAAAAAGAGUCCACGAAUUUCAACACACUCGCUUUGAUCCCGUUCAUCGUUGUCCUAAGUUUUGUGAUAUUGUAUUUUUGUUGUCGCGUGAAACAACCGAGGAAUACCGAGUGUUUUCUGUGUACACGGCAUGUUAUGAAUUACAGGGAGAGUCUUAGAGUCUCGUCAUUCACAUUGUCGAAUUAAGGAACCAUCUAAGUAAUUUCUGUUUAAAACACGUAGUAAGAGAACGAAGCGAAGGUUUUUAAAAAUAUUUUUUACGACGCCUCGUGAGAAAUACAAAGCAAAGGCAGAUUGAUGAAUAGCAUGAAAGAACGAAACGGAAGCUCGGCGGUAUGGUACAGCUUGCAAUGAGAAAAUUCGCAAUAUAACAAGCAAUAAAUAAAUCACUUUUAAUUCCAUGUAUAUUAAACAAUUAUGUGGAUGCUUAAUGAGAUUUAUUGAAUUUAAACAAGCAUAAAGAAAAAAGAAAAAAAAAUAAUAAAGACGAACUAAGACGAAAUACUGAUUUUACAUAUUCUUACUAAUCGUAAACGAUUACAAUACGUAUAGCGACAUACUAAAUUAUACGAUUAUGUAUCGAUUAAAAAGAACAGAUUAAAUGAAAAUGGUAAAUAAAUAAUUAUUAAACUAAAAAGCAAAAAAAAAAAAAA